AGUUUCCCGGCUGGCUAGGGGCGGGACAGGGGCGGGGCCAGGCUCGGACCACGCAGGGCGGAGUCCCCGGAGCUGACGCAGCCGCCCCGCCCCCUGGACCAUAACCCGCUGCAUCAGCCGCUGCUACCAACGCCGCGGACCGAACACCGAACGCAGGAGGCUCGGACCCGAGGCCGCCGGGCGCCCCGCCUCCCCGCCAGCCAUGGCCGCGCCCCGCAGCCCGCGGUCCCCCCAUGCCCUGGCGGCUGCCGCACCCGCGUCAGGGAAAGCCAAGCUAACGCACCCGGGAAAGGCGAUCCUAGCAGGCGGUCUGGCGGGCGGCAUCGAGAUCUGCAUCACCUUCCCCACCGAGUACGUGAAGACGCAACUGCAGCUGGAUGAGCGUGCACACCCGCCACGCUACCGGGGCAUCGGGGACUGCGUGAGUCAGACAGUCCGCAGUCAUGGCGUCCUGGGUCUGUACCGCGGCCUCAGCUCCCUGCUCUACGGCUCCAUCCCCAAAGCGGCCGUCAGGUUCGGCAUGUUUGAGUUCCUCAGCAACCACAUGCGCGACCCCCAGGGACGACUGGACAGCACUCGUGGGCUGCUGUGCGGCCUGGGCGCUGGGGUUGCAGAGGCUGUGGUGGUCGUGUGUCCCAUGGAGACUGUAAAGGUGAAAUUCAUCCACGACCAGACCUCCCCCAACCCCAAGUACAAAGGAUUUUUCCACGGGGUCCGGGAGAUCGUUCGGGAACAAGGGCUAAAGGGCACAUACCAGGGCCUUACAGCCACCAUACUGAAGCAGGGCUCCAACCAGGCCAUCCGCUUCUUUGUCAUGACCUCCUUGCGCAAUUGGUACCGAGGGGACAACCCCAACAAGCCCAUGAACCCACUGGUCACUGGGGUCUUCGGAGCCAUCGCAGGUGCUGCCAGUGUCUUUGGGAACACUCCGCUGGAUGUGAUCAAGACCCGGAUGCAGGGCCUGGAGGCACACAAGUACCGGAACACUUGGGACUGUGGUCUACAGAUCCUGAGGAAUGAGGGGCUCAAGGCGUUCUACAAGGGCACCAUCCCCCGGCUGGGCCGGGUCUGCCUAGAUGUGGCCAUUGUGUUUGUCAUCUAUGAUGAGGUGGUGAAAAUGCUCAACAAAGUGUGGAAGACAGACUGA